ACGAAGGGGGCGGCGCGCGCAGGAGGAAGCGCGCCGGGCUGCGGCCCCGGGAACUACACCGACGCCGAGUCGGGAACGCCGGUCUCCGCGUCACCAUUGCCAGGUGCGCGGGGUUGGGGCGCAGUCCCGGACUGUGGCCGCCGUGCGCGGGCCGGCUUUUCCGCCAGCUCGCCCCGCCUGGUCUCCCGGCUCCCGGCUCCCGGCUGCCGGCUCGGAGCCCCGCGCCCAGGGCCCCAGGCCCGCGCCGCCGGCAGCCCAGAUCCAGCCCGCUGCGCCCCUCCACGCCCCCCGCCGGCCUCUGGCUGAUGUCCUGAGCUCGCCACCGCGGGCUACGCGCCCCGCCAGGGGCUGCCCUGGGAAGUUGUGGGGCGAGGCGCGCCGGGUAUGCGCCAUCACCAUGUCCCGCCCGGACUCGUGGUUCGGUGAAGUCCAGUGGCUGGUCUUGGUGUCGCUUUUCGUUGUGGCCUUGGGCACGGUGGGCCUGUACUUGGCGCAGUGGGCGCUGGCCAGGGCGCGAUCGCGGUCCCCGCGGCGGGCGGCGGAGCCUGGCGAGGACCGGCGCCCGGAGUCGGACGUGCUGCUCUCCUGGAUUCUGACGCUGAACAGCUGGAGGAGCCAGUGGCAGGCCGCCUGGGUGGCCGCCCUGAAUCAGGAGGCCGGACGGAAGGGGGGCCCGCUGUCCCUGUCCUUCGAGGAGGACCCGCAGCAGCCGCCCCUGGAGCUGGCAGUGCAGCAAGUGUGGAGCGCGGCCAGGUCCGCCCAGGAGAAGGUGGUGUCUUGUCAUGUGGUGGGCAAGACCAUCCAGUUCCUGGUCAGCGCGGGGCCGGCCGAGCCCGAGGACGCGGGGCGCCAGCGGUACGGCGUGCAGCUCACGCCCCUGCAUCUGCAGCUGGAGCUGCACAUGAAGGAGAAGAGGGAGGACAUUCAGAUCCGCUGGUCGUUCGUCCGCGUGCCGGAGAUGGCCAUCUCGGUCCAGCCCAGAGCACCGGGGGAGGCCCAGGAGGCCGAGGUGAAUGUCAUCUGUGAAACUCUCAAGGACAUCCUGAAGUACCUGGUCAGUUCCGCCUGCCCGUCGGUGGUUCUGAGCACCAAACCUGUGGACACGAGGGAAGUUCAGAGUCUCCGGCGCACCCCGUCUGCCUCUCAGGAACCCUGCCCCCCCAAACCUCCAAGGGCUCACGAUCUCAAAUUACUGGUGAAGAACAUCCGAGCCUCGCUGCUAAACGAUCCUGGUGCUUCUUCAGGCAACCGCAACCUCCGCUGUGCCGCUCGGCUGAACCAGCCCGUUCAGAAGUUCUCCAGCGCCCUCCUGAAACACACUGCUGACCUCACUUGGGAAGGAGAGUUCACCUUCGAGUUGAACGCCAAGUCGAAGGAGCUGCACCUGCAGAUUUCCGAGGAUGGGCCGGCCUCAGAAGCCCCGCUGGCGACGGCCACCGUCCCGUUAGAUUUGUUCAAGAAGCAGCCUUCCGGGCCACAGAGCUUUACACUGACCAGCGGGCCCUCGGCGGGCAGUUCGGUGCUGGGCUCGGUCACCGCAGAGUUCUGUUACGUGGAGCCCGCUGAGGCAAAGUCCUGGCAGACCCCUCUGCCCGCGCCCGCUGCCAAGAUAGAAAAGGACCGCACGGUGAUGCCUUGUGGGACUGUGGUCACGACCGUCACCGCCGUGAAAACCAAGCCUCGCUUUGACUCGGGGAGGGCGUCCCCGCUGAGCUCCGAGUCGCCCCUGCGGACGCCCGUCAAGGUGCGGGUGAUCGAGAAGGACAUCUCCGUCCAAGCCGUCCCCUGCCACGGCGCUCCCGUCAGCAAGACGCUGUCGUCCUCAGACACAGAACUGCUGGUGUUGAACGGCUCCGACCCAGUGGCUGAGGUCGCCAUCCGGCAGCUGCGUGAGUCCUCGAAGCUGAAGCUGAACUCGCCGCGGAAGAAGAGCACCAUCAUCAUAUCAGGGAUCUCCAAGACCUCCCUGUCUCAGGACAGUGACGCUGCCCUCAUGCUGGACUAUGCGGCCUCCAUGGACGGCACCCACGAGGGGGACACCGCGUCCCAGUCAGAGAUGGCCUUGGCCACCGCCCCGCCCGAGGAGGAGGCCGAGGCCCCGGCCCCGCUGGCCCUGGAGUCCCCGGGUUGCGAGCUGUCCUCCUGGGACUCGGAGAAGGAGUCACAGGCUGAGGCCUGGGACGGCCAAGCCUCGCUGGACCCCGACGGGGACGGGCUGUCGGAGAGCUCCCUGAGUGCCUGGGAGCCAGGCGCGCCCAAAAAGCAUAAAGGAGGCAUUUUAAGGAAAAGCGCAAAGCUGUUCUUCCGCCGGCGGCAUCAGCAGAAGGACCCCAGCCUGAGCCAGUCCCACAACGACCUGGUGUUCCUGCAGCAGCCCGAGGGGCCCCGCAGGAAGGGGGUCACGCUCACCAGGAUCCUCAACAAGAAGCUGCUGUCCAAGCACCGGAGCAAGAUCACCAUGAACGGCGCCCCCGGGGACCCUGGGGUGUAGGCUGAGGGUGGGGGCGGCCUCCCUCGCAGCGAUGCUGGAGGCGGGGACCCACUAACGGCCCACCUGUACGGAGUAGGGAGUGCCUGUGAGCCGUCAGGCGCCCCUCUUUUCUAGCCGGGUUUUCCCCGACAGUGCCGUCUUUUAAAGGGGAAGGAAAAUCGGGGUCUCCAGCUGGGAGUUUCCCCACAGAGAGAAUGGACUAAACCUGUUUACCGCCAGACGUCACAGUGGACCGGAGGCCUCUGCCACGUGGGCUGUGCUCGAAUCUAAUAGGCGCUGACGUUCAAUAUUAGAAGGAGAGUUGCCUGCGAACCAGGGAGCACACCACACCAGGCGUGGAUGGGGCAGGUGUGGGGCCUCGGUCUCUCCCACUCUGUGCUCUGAUGGGUAUUGUUUUGGGUCUACACCUGGACUGGGCACCCCCAGGAGGAGACGACCCUCCGUGCUGUCACUGUGAGUGGGAUGCAUAGGUCACCUCUCCUGCGUGGCUGCCCCGGGUGCGCGGUGCGGCUGGCCCUGAGCGCAGAGGCGGGACCCAGGCAGACUUCUGUGAACGGGAACGCGCUGGGAAUGGAGACGCGACGACAAAACGCGGGAAGACAUUCGCCUUUGCUGUUAGCCAUAGAACUCGGAAAAGGAUGCGAAUACUAAACAUAUCCUAUGCAGAUGAUGCCGAACACUUUUUUAAGUUUGGUCGGAGCCUGUGUGCCGGUGGGAACUACACAUACAAAUUCUUCACAUGGUUUUUGCAUUUUCGCUGUGGCGUCCAAAGCUCCUGCGGCGCCCAUGGAGCAGUCAGCGGGAGGCCUUGUCCCCAUCGGGCUCUUGCGAGACAGGAACAUAGCAAGCCCCUCCAGGGCACUGAGGGGCGGUCAGUGACCGCCGAGAGGACGUGGCACCCACACGUGCGUACCUGGAUUUUUCUUAGCCCGAGGUUGGUUUGCCAAAUAUUGCCAGUAGCUGAAACAAAGUACUUUCAGGGCAAAAACUCUUUUAUGUCUCAGGAACGGAGGGUUAAUAAAAAGUGGCCCGAGCGGGCAUCGGAUUCCUUUCAGGAGCCUGUCUGAAUUCCACUUGGACGGACUUCAGGGAGUCUGGAUUCCCGGUGGAAAAUACAAUAAGCUUGACAUAUGACUUGCCUGUCCCAAGGCAUCUUUCCGAGCACUUUGCACCGGGCUGCGCACCGCUGAGGUUCAUCCUGAAGCGUCUCACCGGCCCCUCCUGCAGGUGCCGCUCUUUGGAGGUGCGCUUGUGGGGCGGCACCUGUCCUGCGCGUGAACGGUUCUGAUGGUGUAAUAAGAUCCAUUUUCCUCCAACGAGGUUUAGAAGGCCCUUGUGGAAACUUGACUUUGGUCAGGGAUGAGACAUGGGGGCCUCUCCUUCCUUCAGGCGCUUUUGUGAAUCCUUAAGCAUCUAUUUCAGGGGUAGUGGAGCCGUGGACGAGCAAACACUUUUAUAAAAACCAAAAUUAUAGACUUUGUUCCCCCCCUUUUUUUUUAAUUUGGAGGGAGAAAUUAGAUGACCUUAAGGAUUUUAUCUUAAGAGGCACAUUUAAAAAUCCUCAGUGUCCCAGGAAUUACCAAGCAAGGGUAAAAUGACUUUUUUGCUAUUCUUUGUUGUAUAGAUUUUAUUCCGAUUUUAAUCGUUGUAAAGUAGCACCUGGCAUUAUGAAAUACAUUGAUACCAAUUGAGUCCCCACAGGGCAGUGGUCACUACAGGUCUUUUUGGGACGAUGGCCCCUUUAAUGUUUUGUUCUGCUUGAAGGAUUUCUGUUCCUUCUCGCGGCGGGCAGACGUGUAACACGCAAGGAUUGAUUCCAAGAGGACAUUGUGUGUCCGCAAACAAGACACUGGUCAGAAGUUUUUAGUACAGUUUUUGUGUUUGUUUAAUCCUGAAAUUCAAAGGGACUCUAUUUAUUCCAGUGUGAUUUUAUCAGAAUUUUAAAUUGGGUUUUUCUCGUUCUCCCCUCUCCCCUGGGGAAAAAAAAAAAAAAAAACUUUUUAGCCAUGGACCCCAGGAGUACCCUGUUCCCUGCUGCUGUCUCCGUCAAGGGCUCUCUCUGCUUUCUCAGCUUCUCCGUGACUUGAAAUUUCCCCCGGACCCCGGGAAAGUGCCCCGUGGGCGUCACCCCGCCCUUGUCUGCGAAGCGAGUGUAUUAACACGGGCGUGGAGAAUGUUGUCAUGGAGGUCCACGAUUCUUUGUGUCUGUGGGGUAGACGUGAGACCCCUGCCCAUUUGCCCGUGACCCAGGAGCCCGUCCUCCAGAUACACACACUUUGUCUCCAUAAUGGCCUUCUCCGAAGUUACGGAGGAUGAAGAACAGAGCCGGGAACAGCAGGAGAAAAGGCCGUCAGGGGAGCGCCGCGAGACAAUGGGCUGCAUCGAUACUGUGAAUGUUUCUUUUCCAAGCUGUGUGUCCCGGUGUGCUUUUUAAUGGUGCAGGGUAUUUAUGUUAAAGCCGAUGUCACGACGGUGAAAUAUCAAUUGCGAUUAUACACCAGAUACAAAGCACGCUAAUUUGCAACCUACCGAUUCCCUGACCUUUUUGACACGCUUUAGUAGCUCCAGGGGCUUUCCCGUCUGCUUUUUUUGGUCUUGAUGGAAUUUUUUCAGGAUGGUAUUUUAGUAGUGAUUCCUCAUGCACACUAAUCUGACAUGUGUCUGGAGCCAGGAGUGUGGGAGGGUUUUAAUGGGCUGGCAGCGCUUCUGGGCACUUUGCAGAGGGUGUCCUGUGGUCUUCGGGGAGGCAGGGAGUGGAGCUUUAAGUAAUGUAACAUCAACAGAAGUAUCUAUCUCAUUGUUCUGUUCAAAACCAGCUACUUAGACAGAGUACUUUAUUUAAGCCACGUCUCAAGUUGAAGUUCAAAACUAGCCCUUGAUUCCUGGUGAUGGCUACCUGGCCAGUCACUGCCAACCAAUCACAAAUUAGAAGCCUGUCUAGAUCUUUGACUGGUUCUCCUAGCCACAUCCAUAGGAGAAAGUGGCAAAUGUUCUUCUUGAGCAGAAGGUUUGCUCUGCUGUCACCAAAUGUGGGUGCUUCCCGAGUAAAUAAUCUCACGGUCCUUGGAAACUCGGCGUUCAAGGCGGUGGGCGUCGGCGGUCAGACCACUUACCUCUCCCAGAUGGGAAGCGGGUCUCGCGUUGGCGCAGACCCUGAGGCAGCCCACCGCCCCCAACUGCCACGGCGCGAUCACCAAAGCAAGCGGCACGGGACCCACGCGCCGCCCAGUCCUGCGAAGCAAACUCAGGUCACCUCCGGUUCCUUUUCUUCAGCACUUGCGCUUUACACGUGAACAGGCAGAUGGGUUUAGCACUCCCGCUGAUCAGUGACGUACCACUUAUCAUUUAGGCUUGUACUUGUGUUUGCCCAGUGUCACACUAAAGCUACAUUUUUUGUUUGUUUGUUUUAAAGAAGAAACUGAAAGGUUUUCUAGGCAUGUGGAAAGGUUUGGCUUGCGAUCCAGUGUGUUGAUGAAUUUAUAUGACAAUGAUUGUAUUCCUUGUUGGCACUUUAAAACCCGAUGCCAGCCCCGCCCAGCCCUGUGCGGGGGGUGCGGCUGGGGACGAUGGGGCUGGAGCGUGAACAGUCUUUGAAGAAAUAAAUGUACACAUGGAACACUAAAA